AUGCUAGUGUUUCUGCUGUUUGGUGCUUUAGUGACAGCAGUGUUGUCAGAAUCGCCCCCAGUGCUAAAGCAAGUAUCCCAAGGCUGGAACGCUUGUUCCUUGGUGGUAUGUGCGCCAGCUGAAAAAGGGAUACCAGGACGAGAUGGCAGAGAUGGAAUUCAAGGCUUAAAAGGGGAGAAGGGAGACCAAGGAUUGCAAGGACCAAGAGGAAUCCUUGGUCCUCCAGGGAAGAUGGGGCCAGCAGGACCGAAAGGAUCUCAAGGGAAUGAUGGAUCAAAAGGAGAUAUUGGAGAAAUGGGACCACGUGGGAUUCGAGGUUUGCAGGGUCCUCCUGGAAAUGUGGGCCCUUCUGGAGCAAAAGGCGGCAGUGGCCCACAGGGUGAAAAAGGUGUCAAAGGAGAAAUAGGUCUGAAAGGAGCCCCUGGUCCUCAAGGCCCCAAAGGCAACAUAGGUGCCCCUGGUCCAGCUGGGGCCAAAGGGUCAGUGGGUGAAAAGGGAGCAAAAGGAGAUGUGGGAACCAAAGGACUGCAAGGCCCAGCAGGACCACAAGGGCCAGUGGGGAAGCCAGGUUCUCCUGGAUCCAAAGGAGAUAAAGGUUCCAUUGGUGAUAAGGGGACAAAGGGUGAUAGCGGCCUCUCAGAGGUCAAUCUUUUGAAGAGUAAAGUUAGUGCCCUGGAGGGACAGCUGAAAGCUCUGCAAGCCAAUUUUGCCAAGUACCAAAAAGUCGCAACAUUCCCAGGUGGACGCACAGUUGGCAAUAAAGUAUUCAAAACCAACGGCUAUGAAGGCAACUUCGAAGACUUGAAGCAAAAGUGUGUGCAGGCUGGAGGCCAGCUUGCAACCCCGAGAAACGCUGCUGAGAAUGAUGCUGUCCAAAAGGUGGCGGCGCUCUAUAACAAAUCGGCGUUCCUUGGGAUAACGGACUUAAAGACCAAAGGCACAUUUAAGUACCUGAAUGAUCAGCCCAUUACUUACUCCAACUGGCUGCAGGGAGAGCCCAACAAUAAUCAGGGCAACGAGAACUGUGUAGAAAUCUUUACAAAUGGGAAAUGGAAUGACAGAGCCUGUGGGGAAAAAAGGCUAUUACUUUGCGAAUUUUAG